AUGCUAGAACUUGCCGCUGGCAGCAUCCCGUGUACUUCCUUUUCCGUGAACGGUUCCAAGAAUCACUUUGAAUACUACAGAUUCUACGAUUUCAGAGACAUAACGUCUAACAGCUCGUCUUCUGAACCUGGUUCACCGCUUCCUCGAAGUCUUAUCGUGAGUGAUGGCUCAUGGGUAAACAACUGGACAAUCCGCGAAGAGUUCAGAGAGCCUUCCACUGAAAAUGCCAUCCCUAUGGCCUACGUGAAAGAUAAUAUAUUUAUAGAGAAUGGGGCUCUAAAUUUUGUCACGCGUCGUGAAAACGCAACAUACCAAUCUGCAGCUGAACUUGAUUUCACCGCAGCGAACUUUACAUACGGUUCUCUGCGUGUCAGCGCCCGGGUCAGCGGGAAUCCAGGGGCAGUUGCUGGAAUAUUCACUUACUACAACGACACGCAAGAAUCUGAUGUCGAAGUCUUAACCCGUGACCCUCCAGGAAGAACGCACUUCUCUAAUCAACCGACCACGGAUGAUAAUGGAGACAUAAUAUCUGGAUCUACUUUCAACACGUCUUCUCCAUCUUACACGAACUGGAACGUGUAUCGAUUGGACUGGCUUCCAGGUCAAUCCAAAUGGUACGUGGAUGGCAAACAGCUUGCAAAGACAACAGUCCAUGUUCCAUCUCACGAGUCAAUGUUCAUCCUGAACUUGUGGUCCAAUGCUGGGCCGUUCUCAGGAAGUAUGGUGAGUGGCGGUUCGGCGUCUAUGCAGGUUCAAUGGAUUGAAAUGGCUUUCAAUGCAAGUCCAAGCAAUUCAGCGGGCAAUACAGUCGGGGGAGUAGUUUGCUCGAUCGACAAAUCAUUGGGAUCUCCAGUUCCUACGUCGGCCGCGCCCAUGAUCACGCUACCAGAUCUAUCUUUGCUUGGGGCAACAUGUGUACUUGUACCCUUACUUUUUGAUGGUCUGAUCUGA